AUGGAUAAGCCCACCACUGAGCGACAAAAGUUUGUUCAAGAGAAUAAAUUGUGCUUUGGCUGUUUAAGGCCUGGGCAUCACUCGAAAGAUUGUGAUAACAGGAACACCUGCGACACGUGUCAGAGGAGGCAUCCAUCCUGCCUGCACGAAGAUCGUACUAAAGAAAGGUUAAGGGAUAGGAAGACAGAGCCCCCACAAGAUAAGGGGACAAGAGCGUCAAGUGAGGCCAUAUCCAACAGAGUCGUAAGGGACAUUAACAACACUCACACCUCCACAAUCAUUCCAGUAUGGGUGUCAACCACAAGCGAGCCAGAUCGUGAAGUUCUUGUGUAUGCACUUCUUGACACCCAGAGCGACACCACCUUUAUCCUUGAAGAGACAACAAACGCUCUCAAUACAAGGAAGGAGCCAGUCCAACUGAAACUCUCUACAAUGGCUUCAAGGAAUACCAUUGUGCCCUGCCAGAAGCUGUCACGUUUGCAGGUUAGAGGGUUUUACUUGGAGAAGAAAAUCCCUCUGCCAACAACUUACUCGAGAGAGUUUAUUCCUGCAAACAGAGAUCAUAUUCCUACUCCAGAGACUGCAAGAGCAUGGUCUCAUCUUGAACACAUUGCAGAGGAGAUUGCUCCUCAACAGAGCUGUGAUGUCGGUCUCUUAAUUGGCUACAACUGCUCCCAGGCUCUCCUUCCAAGAGAAAUUGUGUCUGGUAAGGAAAAUCAGCCUUUUGCUCAGAGAACAGACCUUGGCUGGAGCAUAGUCGGCUAUGGAAACCCAUGUAUCGACCAUGGCGACGCUAUUGGAGUGAGUCAUCGGGUUAUCGUUAGACAGGUGAUGCCAAGCCUUCAAUCAUCUUCCAACGUCACAAAUCAAGUACACUAUGUUAGUAGAACACGCGUAAGAGAGGUAAUCCCAGCACUGGACAUUUUUAAGACGCUUGAAUCCGACUUCAACGAGAGAACUGCAGAAAAGGACCUCAUAUCUCAAGAGGAUAUCCGGUUCCUGACAAAAAUGAAAGCGGGAAUCAGACGCAAGGACAAUGGACAUUAUGAGAUGCCUCUGCCGUUUAAGGAAGAAAGACCCAACCUGCCGAACAAUAAAACAUGGGCAGUUCACCGUCUCAAGUGCCUGGAAAGGAGGCUAAGGAGAGACAAGCAGUACUACAAGGACUACACAGCAUUCAUGGAAGAGACCAUAGCUUGUGGAGAUGCUGAGAAGGUCUCCAAAGAGGAAAUGAACAAGCAUCCAGCAUGGUAUAUCCUGCACCAUGGGGUUUAUCACCCACAAAAGCCUGGGAAGAUACGAGUCGUCUUUGACUGCUCAGCUAAGUUUCGAGAGACGUCCUUGAAUGACCAUCUCCUUACCCGUCCAGAGUUGACAAACACAUUGCUGGGCGUCCUUUGUCGUUUUCGUAAGGGUCCAGUUGCAAUCAUGUGUGAUGUAGAGCGCAUGUUCCACCAGUUUCAUGUGAAAGCAGAAGACCAAGAUUAUCUACGGUUCCUUUGGUGGGAGAACGGAGAUCUAGAGUCUCAACCCUCAGUGUAUCGUAUGAAGGUCCAUUUGUUCGGCGCAGCUUCAUCUCCUGGUUGCGCCAACUAUGGUCUCAAACAUCUUGCUGCCGAAGAACGAGGAAGCUUCAGCGAGAAGUAUAUCCAGUUCAUAGAAAGGAACUUUUAUGUUGAUGAUGGGUUGACAAGCGUAUCGUCUGAAGCUGAAGCGGCCCAGCUGGUGAAAGAAGCAAGAGAGCUUUGCAGCAUCGGCAAACUCCGGUUGCACAAGUUUAUCUCUAACAGCAAGGAAGUUAUAGCCACAAUUCCCAAGGAAGAACGUGCCGAGGGUGCCAAAGACCUGGAUAUGGCUCUGGGUGAACCACACAUGGAGAGAGCGCUUGGUGUACUGUGGUGUGUCGCAUCAGACGAGAUCAAGUUUAGAGUAGUUGUCAAGGAACGCCCACUCACAAGAAGAGGAGUAUUGUCUACAGUAGCCUCUGUAUAUGAUCCGCUUGGGUUUGUGGCACCCUUUGUCCUGGCAGGGAAGCAGAUCGUGCAGCAGAUGUGUCGUGACAAGAUCGACUGGGAUGACCCCCUUCCAGAUGACCUACGUUCCCAGUGGGAAUUCUGUCUCCAAUGUCUAUAAAUCUUGUCUGAAGUAAGGAUUCAACGAGCCUACUUGCCAUCAAGUUUCAAGGAGGUGCAGAGUUAUGAGCUCCAUCACUUCUCCGACGCCAGUACCUCAGGUUAUGGAGAGUGCUCAUACCUCAGAACAAUCAACACAGACAGAAAUGAAAUAAAGACAGAAGAAACGCAAGGAUUAAUGACAUUGUCAUCUUGCAAGAUGAUACUGCACCACGCAACCAGUGGAAAUUGGCAAAAGUUAAAGAAGUGUACCCGAGACAGGAUGUCCGGGUGAGAAGAUUCAAGUUACUGAUCAGCGACUCCUGGAUGAGAGAGGUAAACGCAUCACCAAACCCACCUAUCUGGAGAGGCCCAUCCAUAAGACAGUCCUGGAAGCCGAUCAAGAAACCUGCAGACCCCUUUCACAGAAAUCACAGGUGAUUGGUGGGAGUGUAACUGACAGUUAGACUUACAGGUUAUGUCGUUGUUUUGUGUUUGAAUUGUUUACGUGUCCGCUGUGCGGGGAAAUGAUAAGACAAGCGGAACUACGUAGCUAAUAACUGUUGUAACGGGGAUUCUUAUUGUAGCAACACACUUUUGGAGGGAAGGCAAUCCCGCGCUCUGUUAGCUAAGUUUUCAUGUCAUCGGGUGUAGUUCAUAAAGUUUGAAGCGUAUAUGUUAGGAUGGUAACGUUAUAAUAAUUAAGGAUGAAGCGUGAAUUCAUGCCAGGAAUAAUAAGUGUGAAGUUUGAUUUCCUCCCUUCUGUAAUAGGCAGCCAAUGAGUUCUCACGGAAGGUGAUAAUUCUGACUAAAUCUACAGAAUAAAGCCGCCAGUUAAAAUCAA